AGGAAUGGUGCCAAACCACUUGGACGGUCGAGGAUUGAACGCCGACCUGCAUGAAGCCAGGCCGUCGCUCUACCGUCCUGUCCAAGUGGUUGUGCAUGUAAACACUACGAGGAAAGUGCUUAGUGGCGCGCCUCGCGUGUUCAUAAUAAGACACUCUGCCCACCUGUCAGUCAACCGUCUCAAUGACAGUAUUUUCAUGUUGCAGGAGCGGAGGAUGCUGGCAAUACCUGGUGAUGGGUAAGCUGGCUACGGUGAUGGGUAAGCUGGCUACGGUGAUGGGUAAGCUGGCUACGGUGAUGGGUAAGCUGACUACGGUGAUGGGUAAACUGUAUAUCAACAAGGUGGAGGGAGAGAGGGUGAGGACGCCAGGGAGAGUGCGGGGCAGCAGGGCGGUACUGGUAGUGGUGGUGCUGCUGUUAUUGCCGUCACUGGUGUAUUGGUCGUCCACCCAGUACCUGUCCCUCACGCCCUUCUCCUCCCUGCUCCCCGCCCACAACCACGACACCGCCCACAGCCACGACACCGCCCACAGCCACGACACCGCCCACAGCCACGACACCGCCCACUCUGGCGCUCAAGGCCAAGCGACCCCAAAACAAGAGCAGCAGCACCACCACAACACUACUACCUACAACUAUAAUUUCAUCCACCUCACUGUCAACAACCACACUUCCAACCACACCACCUCCAGCAACACCACCACCAACCACACCACCUCCAGCAACACCACCACCAACCACACCACCUCCAGCAACAACGCUGCCAACCAUACCACCAGGAACCUCGCCGUCAUCGACCACACGGAGAGUGAUGUACAUGUUAACGGAGUGGGCCUACAGGCCGGCGUGACCCGGCUGAGUGUAUCCUGGAGGAUGGGCUCGAGGGAGUGGAGGGUGAAGAGGAGAGCCAGGGUGAUGCUGUGUCUCCUCCUCCCGCUGUGGGUGUACUGGCUCCUCUAUCAGGACCUCUCCUUCACGCCCAUUUCUACCCUCCUGGCCGCCCACACCACACAGGAGCUGCGCCGCAGCCACUACCACCAGAGACGUCACCAAGAGCACCCCAACAACCACGCCAUCUACAGCCACACCACCACCAGCAACCAUACUAACAACCAUACUUCAAGUAAAAAACCUACCAGUGGUGUGGCGUGGUCACGGGGGCAAGCCUGGCAACACCAGCGUCAACAGGAGACGGCAGGUGUGGCGUGGUCACGGGGGCAAGCCUGCCAACACCAGCGUCAACAGGAGACUAACGCCCCCCGUCUGGUGGUGUUCUGGACGCCCUUCUGGCACCAGUGGGCGGCCUGGGAGGACGUCCUUCAACACCAGGGGCGCCUCAGGCACGACAACUGUCCAACCUGGAGGUGCGAGUUCGUGUGGACGGAGGCGGCGUCGUCAGCGAGGGUGACGGAGGCCGACGCCGUUGUCUUCUUCAGCCUCGACUUCUCAAGCCGGCCCCUACCUCCCCGCUCCCCCCGCCAGCUGUGGAUAUGGCUGGAACUGGAGGCACCACCCAUCAGUAAACUCACAACGGGGGCAUGGGCAGCUGCGGAGAGUGAUGGCUUCUUCUUCAACUUAACAAUGUCUUACCAUCACCUCAGCAAUAUCGUCGUCCCUAGUGGAUACCUGCUGCCCCUGGGUAUCCCUCACCACUGUCCCCUACAGCCAGCUGUCACGCUAGACAAAUCAUCAGAAACUUUCAUAAGCUACAGUGAACACAUGAGAAAAUACGACUCCCUGGUGAAGGAAAAGGGCCGUCGACUGGACAAAUGGCUCAGAGCUGAGGCAAUUCUGCGCCAUCACAGCCCUGGACGAACAUUUCCAGGCAGAAGCGAGGAAGAAGCUCCGAACAUUACAGGAACUACGGCAGCACCCAGUAAGAAUGAUACGAGCGAUGGAGGAAACAAAUUGGAUUUUAACGGCGACGCAAUAAGAGGGAAUACGAGACAAAACAGCGACUAUGAUGAUGGCAGCCACAAACACUGGGGAUUAACCCAAGAAGAGAUAGCGUGGGUUUCAAGGCGUCAGCUGGCAGUGUGGAUGGCCAGUCACUGUUUCACGGAGUCCCGUCGAGAGACACUGGUGGCACAGCUCCAGCAGCACAUCAAUGUUACCACAGUGGGUAGUUGUGGCCAGAUCAAGUGUGGCAGGAACCACUUGGACACUCACUGCUUCCGCUGGCUGGCCGGUUCACAUCUCUUCUACUUUUCAUUUGAGAACGCUCUGUGUGAUGACUACCACACCGAGAAGCUCUGGCUCCCACUGGAACACGGAAUGGUUCCGGUGGUGUACGGAGGACGUUCCUACCCCGAUAUUCUCCCAUUUGGUUCCUACAUAGACGUGAUGGCUUUCCCGAGCGCCGUAGCACUGGCCGCUCACCUGGUCUACCUGGCCAACCACCCCACAGUGUAUUUGCGGCACCUGCAGUGGCGUAGAUAUUGGCGAGUGAGAUGGCCAGUUCCCUGGUGCAGCCUCUGUGCCCGCCUUCACCAGCCACGCCCACACAGCAGCCACGCCCACGCCACUCUUGACUCAUGGUGGAAUACCACUUCACAGUGCUACGAACCAUUGAAGUGGUGAUCUCAGCACCUCGAAUGCAGUGCUAUAUUGACCCUUGUUGUGAUUUCUUAUUUGGCCUCUCCUGCUGUGAUGGUCUUUUAUUUGUACAGUCGGCCGUCCUGGUUGAUGUUUUUUCAUUUUAAACUACAUAGGGUACCUAUGUAGUUUAAAAUAGUGUACCUAUGUAGAGUGUAGUUCCACUCAAAGAUAUGCUGUCCCAUGUUUUAGGGGUAAUUUUUUCAGUUCCACUCCGAGAUAUGCUGUCCUAUGUUAAGGGCAAAAUGUUCAGUCUCGCUCAGAGCUAAGCCGCUACCCUAUUCAGGGGUAAAUUUUUCCAAGUCCCGUUUCUAGAUAUACACUCUAUACCCGUUUAGGAAUAAAGGUCACUGAGUUCCCAUGUUCAGAGAUUAUGAACAUUAAGUAAUUCCCAGUAUCCGAUUUUAGUUCUUGGACCCGGUUCGAUUUAUUUUCAGAAUUUUAGUACUCUGCAGUUUUUUGUUUAUUAAUACAUUAGGUACAUCUGCAUUUGUGCAGCUGCCCUAGACCAUAUGAAGGGGAUUACAGUGUCAAAAAACUAGCUACGUGAUGCUAAAAAAUCCCCAUCACACAGGAUGGUUAGUCAUACAGUGGCAUGUGAUAAGUAGUCUGCACUGACAGACUCUGGGUUCGUUAUGAGGAUCUCAUCAACACAAGAGUGAAUAAGGUAGCAGUGAUACUAAAGCAGUUUUAAAGAGUUUUAAUGGAGAAAAACUCUACGGACUUAAGUUUUUUAAACUGAUUCCCAGCAUCAGGUAUUAGUUCUUGGACCCGGGUCUAUGCGUUAAUAAGUGUAGUUUCGCUACUAGUAGCCCAAUUUUAGCCCAAUUUAAAACAGUCAUAUAUCAGACAUAGUAAGAAAAGCAAAGAAAGUUACCCAGCUCCGGCUCUUGUCCCCACAUUAGCUUACUCUUAUAACUUUGCUAAUAACAGAUCCAUUCCCUGAAAUUUAAAACAGUCAUAUUUCAGAUGUAGUAAAGUAGAUCAAAGCAGUUACCGAGUUUCAGCUCUCAUUCCCCGCUUUAGUUCAUUCGUACAACUUCGCUAAUAUCAGACCAAUUUUCUUAAGAUUUAAAACCGCUGUAUAUAUCCCCAGCCCCCCCCCUUAUCUUCAACCCCAGCUUCCCGACCCCAAAUCUGUCCCCUAACCUCUCGGCCGCACCUUCCUCCCUCCAUUUCCCCCAGUCCCUUCCGCUCACUUAUCUCCUCUCUUAACCCCCGCUCCCCGUCCUCCUUAUCUUCCCCUUCUCUCACCAAUACUCUCCUGCCCUUAUCUUCCGCCUCCUUUACUCCCUUCUCCCCUGCAUCUCACCCCUUCCCCAACUCCACCCAAACCUCCUCCCUCCCCUGAGCCGUCCCCAACUCUACCCUCAAGAAUUUGAAAUGAAAUUAUUACUAAUACUCUUAUUGUAUUUUUGUCAAUACUUGAGUGUAAAUACUUAUCAUCUCUAUACUCUUGGCAUGUUCAUUAUAUAUUUGUGGGUUCUCUCCAUUGUAACGGGGGGUGGGGAAAUAUGCUCUAUCUUGUCCAUUAUUCCACCCCCCAGUUAGCUAACGAGGCCGGGGGAAACAGCUCUCUCUAGUCCG